CUUGACAGAUUUUGAGAAGAAAGUAAUAAAAGAUAUGGCAUUCUUCACAGCUGUAUUUUACACUGAGUGGUUUAUAAAGGCUGAAAUUCCGGCUGUCGCUCCAUAUCAGGAUAUGAAAGCUCUUUGGCAGAUGAUGAGAUACUCAAAAAUCAAUCCUGUCCAGGCAAAACCUGUUAUAGAGUCUCUAAAGAGACACACCUGGUACAUAGACCCAAAUUUUUUAGUUAUGUCUCUUGUUGACAAAAAUGUACAAGAACGGAGUGACAUUGCCAAGAAGUUGUACUCAACCCCAAGACCUACAACUUAUGCCAUAGAAAAACAUCAAGUUAAUUUAAAUAUACUGAACUCCCUUAUGUUUAAUGAUGAUACUCCCCCAAGUUUGACCCCGCUUAUAACUGACCAAAGUUGGUUAAUUUUUCAUAUCUUAAACCAUGCAAAUGCUGAAGUACAGUGGCUUAAGACUCCAUCUGAGACAUGGGAUCUAAAUGACUAUUACUUAGAAUUCAAACAAUUUGUGAAUAAUCUUGAAGUAGUAAAUGACUGUAGUGAGAGGGCUAUAAAACUAGUUCAGGAGUUGAUCAAUAAAUCGCAUAAUGAGGAUAAAAGACAAAGUACCUUCCUCGUAUCAAACAAAUAUAAGAGUGAAAGAACAAUUAAAAAAAAAUGUGAUUAUGUAAAGAAUUCUUUGUUUACAAAAUAAAUUUAUAAACAUGAA